AUGGCUGGAGAAAAUUGUACUCUGAAGGAAAACUUCAUUCUUUUGGGAUUCACAGAUUGUCCUGUCCUGAAAAACAUUCUCUUUGUGAUCUUUUUGCUCAUCUAUAUUAUCACUGUUGUAGGAAAUACUGUUAUUAUUUGGGUUGUGAAAAUCAAUUCUCACCUUCAAACCCCCAUGUAUUUCUUUCUCAGCAAUUUGUCUUUCUUAGAUCUCUGUUAUUCUUCAGUUGUCACUCCCAAAAUGCUUGUAAACUUCCUAUCACACCAAAAAAUCAUUUCAUAUACUGGGUGCAUCUUGCAACUUUACUUUUAUGCUGGUUUAGCAACUAUAGAAUGUUACUUUUUGGCUGUGAUGGCUUAUGACCGAUAUGUGGCUAUCUGUAACCCGUUAAUGUAUACAUACAUCAUGUCUCGAAGGAUCUGUAUCUUUUUGGUUGUCUUCUCAUAUUUGGCUGGAUUCCUGAAUUCUAUAAUCCAGACAGGAUUCAGUUUACGAGUAACAUGUUGCAAAACCAAUGCCAUUAACCAUUUCUUCUGUGAUGGCCCCCCUCUAAGUUAUCUUUACUGUUCUGAUACAUGGGUGAAAGCAAGUAUGAUUGGAGGAAACUGCACUGAGGUGGAAGAGUUUAUUCUUCUAGGAUUCACAGAUCAUGUAACCCUACAACAUGUGCUCUUUGUGAUAUUUUUAUUGAUUUAUGUUAUCACUGUUGUGGGGAAUAUUGGGAUCAUUGUGCUUGUGAAAAAUGAUUCUCGCCUUCAAACACCCAUGUAUUUCCUUCUGAGCAACUUAUCCUUCUUAGACCUUUGCUACUCAUCUGCUGUCACCCCAAAGAUGCUGAUGAAUUUCCUAGCACAGAAGAAAGUCAUCUUAUACACUGGAUGUUUCUUACAGCAAUACUUUUAUUGCUGUUUUGCAACUACUGAAUGCUACCUUGUGGCUGUGAUGUCAUAUGACCGAUACGUGGCCAUCUGCAACCCACUGAAAUAUACUAUUGUCAUGUCCAAAACUGUCUGCAUUUCAUUAGUAAUGUUCUGCUAUAUAGCUGGACUUCUGAAUGCAUCCAUACAAGUGGGAUUUCGUUUAAGAUUAACCUGCUGCCAUUCCAACAUCAUCAACCACUUCUUCUGUGAUGGACCUCCUGUGACUCAUCUUUAUUGUUCUGACAUCCAACUCGUUCAGAUUCUACUCUUUGCUUUUGUAGGAUUUAAUGAGAUUGCAACUACAUCCCUAGUGGUAAUCUCCUAUUGCUAUAUCAUUGUCACAGUCCUUCAAAUGCGUUCACUUGAAAGUAUUUACAAAGCAUUCUCUACCUGCUCUUCCCACCUGAUUGUUGUCUGCACUUUCUAUGGGACUGUUCUUUUCAUGUACCUGCGCCCUAGCGCCAGCUAUUCCUUGGAGCAAGACAAGAUUGUGUCGGUCUUUUAUGUUGUGAUCAUUCCUAUGCUGAACCCCAUCAUAUAUAGUUUCAGGAAUAGAGAAGUUAGGAAUGCCAUGAAAAAAACAUUUCAGAGAAUAAUCACCUCCAAGUGA